AGAAGCGCAGAUGUAUGCGUGCCAGGCUGCCAGCUUAGAUAGCUGUUUACAAGGUUUUGAAGUAUACGUUUCCUCCAAGUCACUAGAUCAUCUCGCACCCUAUUUAACAUAAUACGGCUACAGAACGUUUCAUUGCGGAAGACGUGCCCAUUCCUGGUGUCCCAAAUUCUCCAAAAGAUACUCAGGAGAGUGAACGGCCACAAAGAUAUAUCCAGCGCCGGUGGUAGAGUAGGAGUCCACAUCCCUUCAUCAUCUUCAUCGCAGAUGUUCCCGAGUUCCAGAUCAAACCAGACUUUCCUGCUUUCAGCGCUAUGGAUGUGCUAAUUUUUAAAAUGUUUUGAACGAUCAAAAUUUAUAUUUUCAGAACAGGAAUCCGGCAAUGGUGAACAGGACAGCCGUGAUGACGAACCUAAAGCCACCAAACGACGGCUGACGAGAGGAAGCGCCCGAUGGUGGAUGACGGUGGUGCUCGACAUGCUGAUGGUGCUCUGCGGAGGGACGGUCGGUACCCUCCUGGGCCGCCUGUACUACAAUUCCGGCGGCAAGAGCAAGUGGGUGGCCACGCUCAUGCAGUCGGGCGGCUCGCCGCUCCUGGCCAUCCCGCUGCUCCUGACUCCCCCGCACCCGGCGGAGGAGCGGCAGCCGGCGGCGCCGCCGUCCAAGGUGGCCGCCGUCUACGUCGGCAUCGGGGUCCUGCUCGGCUUCGACAACCUCAUGUACGCGUACGCGCUGCUGUACCUGCCGGUGUCCACCUUCUCGCUCGUGGCCGCCACGCAGCUGGGCUUCAACGCCAUCACGUCGCGCCUCAUCAACGCGCAGCGCUUCACGGCGCCCAUCGCCAACUCCGUCGUCGUGCUCACCUUCGCCGCCGCGCUGCUCGGCAUCGGGUCCGCCUCCGACGACGAGACCACCUCCAGCAGCGACGUGGCGCCGCGCGGCAAGCACGCGCUCGGCUUCGUCCUCACGCUGGCCGCGUCCGCCUCCUUCGCGCUCAUCCUGUCGCUCUUCGAGGCGGCGUUCGAGAAGGUGAUCAUGGCGCGGACGACGCGGUGGGUGCUCAAGGUGCAGAUGUGCACGAACCUCGUGGCGACGGCGGUCGGGGUGGUGGGGCUGUUCGCGUCCGGGGAGUGGCGGACGCUCCCGGGGGAGAUGGCGGCGUUCAAGAACGGGAGGGCGAGGUACGUCCUGACGCUGGUCGGCACGGCGGUGUGCUGGCAGGCGGCGGCCGUGGGCACGGUGCGGCUGACCGCGAGGGUGUCGUCGCUGUUCGCCAACGUGACGGGGACCGUGGCGCUGCCGCUGGUACCGGUGUUCGCGGUGGUGCUGUUCGGCGACAGGAUGACGGGCAUCAAGGCCGUGGCCAUGCUCAUGGCCGUGUGGGGGUUCCUCUCGUACGUGUACCAGCACUACCUCGACGGCCGGCGCGCCGCCGCCUCCGGGAAGGGGGCCGAGUGCGGCGUCGUCUGUACUGCCGCACGGACGGCAGGCGUGUCGGCUUAGCGGGCGAGAGUUGCGUUGCGUUGUGUAAUUCACAUUAUCUUCGCUUCAAAAAUGCUAUUUCGUUUCAA